AUGUAUCUUGAGUCCUCAUACAUUUUCUUACCAGUCCCAUCUGUUUUGUUUUUGAUCCAAACUCCUAAAUGCUCCCAUCUCCAUUUUGCCAUGAUGACUUUGGGAAAUACAUUGGCAGGACUUCAUUACUCUGUGCCCUCCUGUCACUACGGAAAUCAACCGUCUACCUAUGGGGUGAUGGCAGGUAUCAAGCCUGCAACUCCAGAGAUGCUAUCAGCAAGUCUCUCCCAGAGCCGCAUUUUACAGACAUGCAGCAUGCCACAUCCCAACAUAGUCAAUGGUGUCAGCACAUUGCAAAGCAAGUCCUUUUCUUUUUUUCUUGUCUUUUCCUUAUUCUUUGGGAUUUUGUGCAGCCUGACUCCUUGCCUUUAUAAAUUCCCUGAGCACGCCCUGAGUGCCAGCUCCUGUGCUCUGGGCCACGGCUUCACACCCAUGCACCAGUCCCUUCUCGGCGACGAUCCCACAGCUGCAGACUUCAAGCAGGAAUUCCGCAGGAAAAGCAAGUCUGUUGAAGAGCCUAUUGACAUGGAUUCCCCUGAAAUCAGGGAGCUGGAGAAAUUUGCUAAUGAAUUCAAACUGCGGAGAAUUAAGCUGGGUUAUACGCAAACCAAUGUUGGGGAAGCGCUGGCUGCUGUGCAUGGCUCUGAAUUCAGCCAAACUACAAUUUGCCGGUUUGAAAACUUGCAGCUGAGUUUCAAGAACGCAUGCAAACUGAAAUCAAUACUGUCCAAGUGGCUGGAGGAAGCAGAGCAAGUGGGAGCUUUAUACAAUGAAAAAGUUGGAGUGAAUGAGCGGAAGAGGAAGCGCAGAACCACCAUAAGUAUUGCUGCCAAAGAAGCCCUAGAGAGGCACUUUGGAGAACAAAGUAAGCCUUCUUCUCAGGAAAUUAUGAGGAUGGCUGAGGGGCUCAAUCUUGAGAAAGAAGUUGUGAGAGUUUGGUUUUGCAACAGAAGACAAAGGGAAAAAAGAGUGAAGACAAGUUUGCAUCAGAACGCCUUUAGUUCUAUUAUCAAGGAGCAUCACGAGUGCCGGUAAAUCUUUUUCAUGCAUAGUUGUGGAUUUCUGUUUUGCUUUUUGUAAAUAUUUCAAGUACUUCGUUGUUUAAAAAAAUAUAAAAAUUAGUAAAUCUCUUGAUUCCCUACAAACUAGCCAGCUUCAGCUGCAAUGUAGUGCAGAAGACCUGAUUUUAAUGUAAAAGGUUGGGAACAAAUUAAAUGUUACAGCAUAUAUUUAAAGACUGGGAGGCCUCUGCUUAACUGCAAGGAACCUGUUAUGCAUUACACAACUGGAAAUGCUUUACAAGUUGCCCAGGUAGUUGCAGUUUCCCUGUACCAUGCCUUCCUUGCAUUUGUGCUACAUUUAAUGAUUAACAGAGAGCCCCGUGUAGGUAACCUAAGCAUGAGGAAACAAAUCCUUUGUGUUACACAUGAAGAAAGGUUACAAAGCUUGGUAUCAGCUGCUGUUGUUUUGAAAUAAUUUUGCCUCUGCACAUCGAUGUAAUUGCUAUACCCUUCACCCCAUGGUAACUAGCUAAAUGAGCUAAAUCCGCGAGACUGCGAGCCGUUAGGCUCAUGCAGGGUCCUGUCUCCAGCAGCAAACACUGAGUUCACUAAAUUAAACAUGAAAAAUAAGUUAGAACCUCGAGGAAGAGGAAAAGGUGAAUAAGUGACCUUAAACUUGUGGUGGUGGUGAUGUUGACUAUCUACUUAUGGCCAAAGAUAGAAAAUACCCACAGGAUCUUGUGGGACCGCCACUAGUUGUGAGCAAGCCAGGAAGGCAGGCAGAGGAGCACCGGGUGAGGACAGAAGAGCUGCCUUUCCAAAACUGGCUGAAAUCCAGGUACCACCUCACAGAAGCUGCACGCCUCUGACUGAACCAUUUCAGGUAACUUCCUUGUGUCUGUUCAGAGUGAAGACAUGAAAGAUGUGCUAUAAAUGCUGUCUUUAUUCAUGGUACAAUAAGCUUACCAGUACCAAGGUGUCAACACAGCCCCUAACACUUAAUGUACCACUUGACUGCCUUAAGCAGAUACCAACUAUAAAAGACCUUUUUUUUUAUGCUAGUUAUCAAAGGUAUUUCUUGCUAUUGGAUUGCGUGCCUUAAAGUCUGAUUUCGAUAGGUUUAGCUAUAAAAAUUGGGAAACAAUUUACCUUACCUUAUGACUUUGUGGCUUGAGGGAAAAACUAGAGGAUUUUUAUUUUUUUUUAUUUUUUUAUUUUUUACUUUGG